AAAAUGAAUAAUUUAUUAAAUUAAAAGGCUUUUAUAUAAAUGAAACUGAUAUAACUACAAUUAGAAGGGAAAACAAACUGGGGAAAAAUUUUUAUAACAAAUUUCUCAGGUAAAGGUCUAAUUUCUCUGAAUUAUAGUGAACUAAGUCAAAAUUUUAAGAAUGAAAGCCAUUCUCUAAUAGACAAAUGGUCAAAGGAUAUGAACUAUCAAUUUUCAGUUGAAGAAAUCAAAGCCAUCAAUAAUCAUAUGAAAAAGUGUUCUAAAUCACUCUUGAUUAGAGAAAUGCAAAUUAAAACAACUCUGAGGUACCACCUUACACCUAUCAGAUUGGCCAGUGUGGCAGUAAAGAGAGAAAUGUUGGAGGGGAUGUGGCAAAACUGGGACACUAAUGCAUUAAUGGUGGAGUUGUGAACUGAUCCAACCAUUCUGAGGUGCAAUUUGGAACUGUGCCCAAUUUCCAAUUCUUUGCCACUUUGCAGUUUUAUAACUGCAUAUCCCUUGAUCCUGUAAUACAACUACAGGGUCUAUAUCCCAAAGAGAUAAUUAAAAAGGGAAAAGACCUACUUGUUCAAAAUAUUUAUAGCAGCUCUUUUUGUAGUGGCAAAGAAUUGGAAAUUGAAGGGAUGUCCAUCAGUUGGUGAAUGGCUAAACAAAUUGUGGUAUAUGAUGGUGAUGGAAUACUCUUGUGCUGUAAGAAAUGAUAAGCAAAAUGAUUUCAGAGAAAGCUGGAAAGACCUGCAGGAAUUGAUGCAGAGUGAAAUAAGCAGAACUGGGAGAAUACUGUACACUGUAACAGCUAUAUUAUAUUAUGGUCAACUGUGAAAACUUGGCUACUCUCAGCAAUGCAAUGAUCUGCAAAGAUUUAUGACAGGGAAUGCUAUCCACCUCCAGAAAAAGAACUGUUGAAGUCAGAUGGAUAUGGAUCUUUCACAUCAGUGUAUUUGUGGUUUUACUUUGGGGUUUUAGUUAUGUCUGAGUAUGCUCUUGCAACGACCAAUAUGGAAAUGUGUUUUACAUGAUAAUAAAAAAUAAAGUAAAAUAAAAAAACAAAUGAUAUAUAUUUUAAAACUACCUUAGGACAUCAACGAGAAUGUCUUUGAUUCAUUCACUUGAUGAGCACAUGAUUCUUAUUUAAAAACUAUAUAGUGAAAUAGAUAUUUAUUCUGGUAAUUAUUUCUUGUCACCUUUUAUCCUUGUUAUCUUCUCCUCCUUCAAAUGUUGUAAUGCAAUCCCUCAAUGCCAUCACAACUCUUGUUUCCUGUGUAGAUUUCCCUAUUUUGCACUUCUGAUACAGUUGUUCUUACUAUUUGUUCUUUUUAGGGACAUUUUAGGGACAUUUGGGCUGGUACAGCAGGGCCUGAUUACAUACAGUCUACUUCUGUGGGGCAGGUAUGCCCUGUGCUACAAGCAUAGCCAGGGAAUGAUGGUAGAGUCCAAAUGUGUUUUUUUGGGGGGAAAAGGUUUAUUACCAAAUCUUUGCAGAUCUUUUCCAUUUUCUUCUCUUGUAUUCCUUCCUUUUUAAUCCAUAACCUUAGAAUGACUUUACUUAGUUGUUUCUUUUGUCCACCUUUCGGUAAAAAUUUUUCCCUCCUAUGUUUCUUGAAAGAGACAUCAUAAUCUUCCAUCAUUCUUCUUCACAAAAAUUUUCCAAACUAGCUUUGUUUUAAAUCAGCGUUACCUCUGGUUGCCAUAGCCCUCACAUUUGUAGGUCAUGUUUGCUGACAAAAAGCAUUUUUAGGUUCUUUGAUUCUUCUUGAUAUGGCAAUGCAGUUACAUCUAUAUUAAAUAAUUUUAAUCUAUGUCCUUCCUCUCAUCUAUAUCGUAUUUUUCAUCAACUUGUUUAAACAGGUCACAGUGGAGUUGUUUUAACUGCAUUCCAUUUUUCUCUUAUUUUCGUUCUUUCUUCAAACUUUGUAUUGUUGAUAUUUGCUCUCAGUCGGGUGAUCAGUCAUAAAAAACAACAGCUACUUCAGGAAGAGGGUGUAUGGGGUGAGGAUGGGGAACACUCUGGCUUUCCAAUUUCCUUCUAGAAAACAAAGCUUCUGGGCGCCUCAUGGGCUAAAACCCCAUCUCGUUACUCCGGGGCUACAGAGACCCACACCCUGGCGCUCCACCUCGCGACACAGGCGUGGCUCUGCCUGCCUCUCACCACCGCAGUAUCCCAUCCCUUCCUCCCCUCGCGUAAGCCCCUACUGAGACCAGCAGCAACGCUACCGCGAGUCCGUAGGUAAGAGAGACUUAAGGAUUCCUUUCUGGCUCCGGAACCCGAGGUUGCAGCACCGAGUUUCCGGGCGGGGCUGGUGGUUGCCGGAGCACAGGCCUGCGCAGUCCGCGGGUUGUUUCUAGUUCCCCGCGGAGGCGGGGCCCACUGGGAACCCGAAGCCGUUGGAUCGCGAUGUUGGGCUGACUUGACAUUUGUGCUGUACUAGAAGGCCAUGGCGGGCCUGGAGCUGCUCUACGCCUCGGCGGCGCCGGGAAUCACCUGCCCCCAGGACGCGCUCAUCUGCUUUGUGCACUGGGAGCUCGUCACCCACGACUACCGAGCCCUGGGCACCGGCGACCAGUCAGGUCCAGGCGAUAAGAAAUCUGAGCUGCUGCCACCUGGGUGGAAUGCCAACAAAGAACUGUAUGUACUUCGUUAUGAGUCCACAGAUAAUUCAAGAAAACUCCUUCUGAAGGCCAUCUUGGUGGAUGGUAGCAUGAUUAUCAAUGCUUUGGAGUGUGGGUCACAACAGGUGGUGGACUUGACCCUGAACGUGGAGGAUUAUGUGAAUGGUGAACACCUGGGUGACUUCCACAGGGUCUACAAGAAUAACAAAGAGCUCCAGACAAGAAUUGCCUCAGGCCUCGUUAUUCCCAUCCACAACAAUUUGAGCAAAAGUGAUUCUGCCAGUUCCUCUCGGGAAUUUCCACCUGCCACUUCUAGAGAAUACGACCCUCUUCGUAUUCCCCCUCACCACCCACAUACCAGCCGGCAGCCUCCGUGGCGUGAUCCCCUUGGUCCCUUUGCCGUUGGGGGAGAGGACCUGGACCCCUUUGGGGGUCAAAGAGGUGGCAUGAUUUUGGACCCCCUGAGAUCUGGCUUUCCAAGAGCUCUCAUAGACCCAUCUUCUGGACUCCCCAACCGGCUUCCUCCAGGUGCUGUUCCUCCAGGAGCUCGAUUUGAUCCUUUUGGCCCCAUUGGAACUAAUCCAUCUGGACCCGGUCCAGAUCAUCUUCCACCCCCAGGCUACGAUGACAUGUUCAUGUGAAGGCAAAAAAAAUGUAACAUCCCAGCCUGAGCAUCCUCAUAGAGGUGAACCAAGAUCAUCUGUUUUCAUCCAGUCCUGGAGUCUAGGAAUCCUUUAAUGGAUUGGAAGUUUAGCUGGAGUUGCCUGCCCAUCGCCACAGUAACCAAGGCAUCAUCCAUUCUCCACCUCUGCCUUGAAAAAAAACUCACUGCUUGUAAAUCAAGAAAAAUCCACAUGUUUAUCUCUUUCACCACCAACUUCUGGUUCCCAGGGGAAAUUUUCAGCAGUGGGUGACUUCAUUCCUGCUUCAAUCCUGGUUGCAGCUUUCUAAGGACAGAAAGCAUUUUGGAUGCAUUAUUAAGAACUCAAAUGUCAAUACAAAAAUUGUGUUGGGUCAAUCUUCCAUUUAUUUUUUUUUAAAUGUACAUAGUGUUCCUUCCAAAAACAAAA